AUGCGAGGCGUGUGGAUUGGUGAACGGACAGAUGGGCACCGGAAGGCAUGGAUCACGCCCGACAUCGCUUCAGGAGGUUUCAGCACUGGAAAGUACCUAGCCGGGGGACCUACGAAGCCUCAUGAGGUGGCUUUCAUCGAAAAGCACGCAAUUUGCGCAGGCAGCGACUUCAACUGCUACCUUCGUGCGAAACACGGAGCAAUGCUUCGCCGCGCCACCAAACGCUGGUGUCUGACCACUAGCGCUGGGAGAACGUGGUUUCUGGAUCUGAGCCGCAGCGAACUCGACCGCGUGCCGACAGUCGAGGAAGGGUGCUUCAUGGCCAUCGUCAUCCUCGAGGAAGCUGGCAUCUCGGCGGAGCACCUAGUCGAAGAGGUCUCGCCGUGGUUUCACCUGCUACGAUUUUUCCCCGAACUUGUCGAAACCACAGCUGCUGACGGUUCGAUCUCGAGCAUACGCAGCGUUGGAGACCUUUUGUCUACGUUUUCAACCCUUCUUCACCGUUUCGAGGGCAAGAUGGUCUUCGAUCGAUUGCGAAGGACAGCUGCCGAGAACAUCUACAUCCCCACUUACAAGGCCGUGGUGGAAGAUGCUAGGCGCUUUUGUGUGCUGUGGUCGGCUCGAGUCAACACAGCAGCAGCAGCAGCAGCACCAGAAGACGACCCCUGCUGCCUAGCGCCUAGUGCUGCUUUGUGCCUCGCCACGAUGCGCGCUAACCUCAUCCUCUUCGGUUUCGAGAAAAAACUUCGCCGGUCUUCCCUGAGCAAGCUUUUCGAUGCGCUGGAGGUGGUCGUGCUCCACGGCGAAAAAACCCGUCAGACGUUCGUGGAGCACAUCCAGCGCCACGCUGACGCGGCGUCCGCUAGGCUGGCGCGCCGCGGCAGCAACAGCACCCCCCCCACCGCAGACAUGCCGCCUCGCCGCCAAGCCUUCUUGCACCAGCUCCGAGGCCUCGUCCAAGAGCUAAGGCAGAACGAGUCCCCUUCGAACGGCUUGUCCAUGGAUCGUGUUGCGGACAUGUCGAACCAAUUUCCACUCUUCAGUGUGGAGAUCAGGCGCGUCAAGCUGGGGCCGUUGGGGGAACUUGCUGAGGCAGGUCUCGUCAGCUCUUCGGAAAUGCUGGCGUUGCAGGCCGAAGGUCUUGCCGUGAAGCACCGAGCGACACACUUUGCCCCUGAGCCAGCCCGCACCCUCGCGCCCCAUGGCUUGACUGCUUUCAUGAAGCGAAGGUCGCGCCUGCUCCUCGCUCUUGCCACCCAAGUCCGCGUUUCAGAGAUCCCGUGGUUCGGCGCGCUCGCCGACACUUUCGACACGAAGAAGAGCGAUGGUCACCCGGACGAGGUCGUGCGUCCCGUGAACCGCGUGGCGAGGGAGGUCUUCCGGGCGCACGUGACGUGCUUCGCCGGCACGCAGACGCCCAACAGGCUCGUGAGGUUGCUUGGCGAAGCAGCGCGAGGAGAUUCUCGGCCCCGGCACGCCCUACGGGAACUAGACUACUACGCUAGAGUGCUGGUCGAGUUCCCCCGCGACGCCGCCUCCCGUACCGUCAGCAUGUGGGAGUUGGGGUCUGAGUUGAGCCUCGGGGAGUCGGAGGGGUGCGGCAAGAGGACCGUGGUGAAGAACGGCAUCGCUAUCGAACGCGUCGCGGCGAACACCACGCACAACCUCCUCCACCUCGUGGUCGCUCUCGAGAUGGACAAGAACGCCGCCGUGCUGGAGCAUGCGGCGACGGUGGCCCCGGCGAGGCUCGCGGAGAGCCUACGGUCGAAGAGCACCCACUACAGGUUCCUCCGCGACGAGUCGCGUCGCGCGGCGGCCUGUUGCCGCGCGUUCUUGGUUUUCGUGAGCCUCCUAAAGAAGGUGGUCGACGGCUACGCUUUUGCUGCCGAUGCAGGAGUGCGUUUUAGUUGCGUCAGGCAUCGCCCGUUUGUGCUUGUAUCCGCCAUGUUUGGUUCCGGGUUUGCGAUCAUCGUGCCUGUCUUUACGCACCAAUGCCACAACGGACGCGCUCGGACCUAG